AGAGAUAAAGGAAUUGUGCCUAAACUCCUUGUGUAUUUGAUUAUAGCAGAGAAAUAUAUGGCUGAUAAUAACUCAUUGGCUGGUGAUGAAUCUGUAAUGCGAAAGAUCAAUGACCGGGUCAUUAUAGUUCAGGUGUUGGUGUCAGUUUUCCUUUGCAUCAACUUUCUGCUGAUCACAACCUUUUUCAUGAAGGAUUACUUCUACACAACCAUGCGCUACAUCUUAUUUGCUAAUACAUUACUGUCUGAUUGUCUGUUUCUAAUCAUAUCUGAUAUACUGCUCAUUUUGAACUAUUUCCAUUUUACCAUAAAGAUGUGGUUGUGUCUUAUUAUAUACAUUGUUUUGUCUCUGCAUACUUUUGUCACACCAUUUACUCUGACAACAAUGACACUGGAGCGAUACGUAGCCAUUUGCAUGCCCCUGCGACAUGCAGAGCUGUGCUCCACACGCAGCACUCUGCAAUGCAUCCUCAUCAUUCACAGCCUCAGCUCUAUACCCUGUAUUUUUAUUCUCUCCAUCUUCUUUGCAUCUGCUACCCACAGCUUCUACACCCAGAACAGAAUAUGUUCUUCACAUAUGUUCAUGUUGCGGGGUUGGCAGGGUCAUCUUAGGUCAGCAAUAAGUCAAUUCUACUUCUUGAUCAUGUGCAUUACCAUUGUUUUCUCUUAUGUUAAAAUAAUGAAAGUGGCCAAAGCUGCAUCCGGAGAAAACAAAAAGUCAACAUGGAAAGGGCUCAGGACAGUGGUUCUUCAUGCUUUCCAGCUGCUCCUCUGUCUCAUCCAGCUGUGGUGCCCUUUCAUAGAAUCUGCUGUACUUCAGAUUGAUUUAAUGUUGUUCAUCAAUAUCAGAUACUUUAAUUACAUUACUUUUAUUCUUGCUCCGAGAUGUCUGAGUCCUCUCAUUUAUGGCCUCAGGGAUGAAAUGUUCUUUCAUGCACUGAAAUACUAUGCUCUCUGUGGCUUGUAUAAGAAACAAUGAUCAGGUUUAUUUUGCUCAACAAAUUAAAGUCAUGUUAUUUUGCUACUAAGAUAAAAUGUUUUGCAUUUUGUUUAUAACUUUAUUUAUGAUGCUAUUUUAUGGAAACAUGAUUUAUUGAAUCCUGU